CGAAAAUCGGCUAAUAUGACAAAUAGGUAACCUACAUCCGACUCCAGGGUGCUAUAUCAGGGCACCUUUACUUUUUUCGAUUCCAAAGACGUAUUUUAAACAGAUUUCACAGUUCAGUUACUGAAAAUACUAUUAAGGUUUACAUCAGUCCUGAAGGUCCAGCGCUAAUAAAAGUCACUGCUUUCAAAGCAAAUACGGUAUCUCAAAUGGCCGACAUAAGAAUUUAAAACAAAUAUCCCUUUUUGUUUUUUAUUAAGAUGCAUCUAGACGUGAGCAGGAACCGUGAGUGUGUCCACGUGCCAAGCUUGGCCGUGGUGCGUUUUCUGUGCUCCGUUUUAGAGAACAAUGUAGUGAUGCAGAGACGCGUAUAACCAAUAGGCGGUGGUGUAUCUUGUUCUCCGAGUGCCCUCUUACGCUUGGACGUAGAGCCCAAGCCCUGGAUGCCUCUAUCUGUAUUUUGAUUUGCUCCCUAAUUGACCCAAAUAAAGCCCCUCACUGACAGGGGCUCCUCCGACCCCGAGGCACUAUCAGAGAAGGGAAUUCACAGCGAGCAAUUCUCUUUCUUGAGUAAUCCCAUUUGCUAUUGUGGUCGUCCAAUAGCAUAAUGCCAUCGGCUUGUUAAGCGUUUGACUUGACUUGCGUUAUUCUUUGCGAGCGUACCGCUUCUCCAUUGCGCUGGCGCCGCAGACGCGUCUGUUGCCACUCUGCACGAGGAUUUGCGAAGCACUUGAGAUGGUUGUACAGAACGACUGUGUAUCAGAAAAGGAUUUAUUGGACAUUGCGUAGAACGCAGGUACUGCACAGAGACGGAUCUCCUCAGAGACCAUUUGAGCACACUGAGUGAUAAAUAUGCACGAUAACGCGUCCGACAGUCAAACUUCGAUAACACCAAGGUUCUCUUCAUUUUUCAUCGAAAAUCUACUGGGCUCCAGUAAAAAUGAAGGAUCUUUGCGAAGCCCUACAAAGGAUAAAGUAGCUGGGGAUGUUCGACGAGAGUCAGUUUUCCAGGGCAGAGAGACAACACAGCAUCAUCUUAGUGAAGUGUGCGGUCAAGCGGCGAGCAAAGGCUCUACAAUAGACAGAGGUCCCCGUACACAGCCCCCCCUUGAAUGGUACCGGCGUUCACCCUUAAACUUUGAUACCCAGGAUCGUUCAGAAAGCGAGAGGCAAGAAGAGAGCCGUAGUUCGGAUGAACGCUGCUAUUCCGUCCCAAGUGACAGGGAUUCACCCAUUGGUCCAGAGCCCAUCUAUGGCAGUGACGACCCAGACCAGAAAACAAGGGAAUGUCUGACCGAUGACAACGAGGAUGCUCCCCACGUUUUCGACGAGCCCUCUGACGCGGAUACCCCAGACCCAAACUUGGCCCGCAAGAAAAAGACCCGGACUGUUUUCAGUCGCAGUCAGGUCUUUCAACUAGAGUCCACCUUUGACCUGAAACGCUACCUUAGCAGCUCGGAACGGGCAGGUCUGGCUGCCUCCCUGCACCUGACCGAAACACAAGUGAAAAUAUGGUUCCAGAAUCGUAGAAAUAAGUGGAAGAGGCAGUUGGCUGCGGACUUAGAGGCAGCGAACAUCUCUCACUCGUCCCAGCGAAUUAUUCGCGUACCCAUCCUAUACCACGAGAACACCACACCUGCAUUGAGUUUUAGCGUGCCACAGGUCUCGCCGCCUCUUGUGGGUUUCUCCAGUUCUGUGAACUAUCCCCUCACGUCCUUUGCCCAGUCGAUGAGUGUAUUGAGGUCGCAGAUGACUGGCCUAGUCUAAAAUUGUGGUUAAAGCAUUUCAGCAAGGCCCCGAACUGUCAUUAUGUCAAUACUGUAUCUGAAUCGUGCAAUAACUCACUUGGCCGCAGAAAACAACAUAUUAAGGUUUUGCUGCAUCCAAAGAUUACAUUUAAUGUGAUGAUACAUACAUUUUUAGUUAUAAUCGUUCUAUUUUUAAUGUUAUUAACGUCUUCUGUAGCCUUCGUCUGCCUUGACACUACAGAUACUCUUUUUAAUGCAUGGGAUGCAGACCCUAGCUGUCUGUGUAUAUUUUAAGAUGACACUAUUUUCUUUUCAGCAAAUAUAUUUUUAUUCAGAAGCACACUUUUCCAACCUUAUCACUUUUUCACACGGAUGUUUUAAUAGCAAUUAA